AUGAGCAAUUCCGGUCGGAAAGCCCAAAGCUUGGAGACGCUUGUAUCACGCUUCUCGGCCAAGAAAAAGCGCGAGCAAGACAUCACGUUCUGGAGUGGCGAGUCGGAGGGUUUCCUGAGUACGGACCGGACCUAUUCUCUCACACCCAGGCAAGUGUCCAAUGAGCUGGGGGAGAGCCAGGUGCCUCGUGUUCCCGCUAGAGAGAAAGACGUGCUCUCUGCACACGGCUACUUCUUUCAAAGCAUUAUUAGCGAGUCAAAGUGUAGUAAAUUGUACAAUGUUACUGACAGAAGAAACGGUAAACUAAAAGCGGUAAGGGUUUACACCAUCGAGAAUGCAGCUUUAGCCUCUCCACAUUUUGUGAACUUCAUCAAGAACGAGAUUACUACUUUAUCCCAAAUUCAACAUGAAAACAUCAUCAGGUUGUACUACAACUUUCAGUACUACUCCAGACAUUACGUUAUCAUGGACUACAUGGAAAACGGUUCUCUGGAAAACUACAUGAAAGCACACAGGCUCUUUCCCUCGCCAAAAGAGCGCAAAUCUAUCUUCCAGCAGAUGUUGUCAGCCUGUAAGUAUUGUCACGAUAUCAAUAUCGUUCACCAUGACCUCAAGCUGACAAAUAUACUAUUGGAUAAGAACAAUGACAUUAAGUUAUAUGGUUUUGGGUGGUGUGUGCCGUGGGCUAGCGAACAAGGGGAGGUUGAGCUGUGUACCGACUAUUGCGGAAACCUGGACUAUGCCGCCCCGGAAGUGCUAACCCACACGCCAUACGACCCCCGACCCGUAGAUAUUUGGGCGCUAGGAGUGAUUUUGUAUACACUUCUUUGUUUUGAGUUACCGUUUGGAUCCGUCAGCUCAAGCACCCGCCGACUUUUCAAGUACCAGAAAUCUCGGAAACUACGCAAAAGGAUCGUUAAGAAGGCCCCACCGGAAGAGCAGUCGUGUAUUCACCUUAUCUUGGACAUGCUAGAGCCCGAUGUGACGCAAAGAAUCUCACUUAAUUCUAUAUUUUCCUGCAAGUGGCUUUCCGAAGAACGCAAAAGUAAGGCUGAGAACGCUAAAUCCACACCCUUUGAAUCCUCGCCAUCUUCCCUGAGUGGCAUAUUUACAGAGUAA